AAGGAUCAAACCUCCCCAGAAGCAGGAAGAUUUCAACUUGGGGACAGAGCUUGUGAUCUUGUCUAUGAUGGUGUUCCGGUACAGCAUGGUAGGGAGACUCACCGAAGCCAACGGAAGAAGAUAGUAAUAGUCGGAGUAAUAAAACUGUAACUUGGCAAGUUGCGAGGGAAACACACUCCGCGCCAAGAAAUUUGGGACUAUGGGGACACGUUUUCGUGGAAUUAGAAGCAAAAGAGUGUCCCCUUGAUUGAAAUCUCAGAAAAAGCUUGCUCUAUUGGCUCCAGGUUCCGGCUCGUCUUCUUAAAAAGGGCCCUUCGUUUUGCAAGGACGAGAUCGGAGGGCACCCUCUUCGGAUUCUCAUUUUUCAGACAACAGGUAGAGGGAGAGGGAAAGAGUAUGUCGUCCUGGCACUCCCUCCCUCUGGAGGUAACAUACGAAGUUCUUGGAUGGGUCGCCUUCUUCUCUUGGUCCCUCAGUUUCUACCCCCAAGUCCUCCUUAACUACCAUCGCAAAAGCGUGGUGGGGUUAAAUUUCGAUUUUCUGGUGCUUAAUUUGACGAAGCACUCGUCUUAUCUCGUCUACAACGCCUGUCUGUAUUUCAGCCCUGCCAUUCAACGCCAAUAUCACGAAAAAUAUGGUUACAAUGAGAUGAUACCAGUAGCUUUGAAUGAUGUUGCUUUCUCAGUCCAUGCUGUCCUUCUGACAGGGUUCACUACUUUCCAAGUUUUCAUCUAUGAACGAGGUGGUCAAAGAGUUUCAAAAACUUGCAUUGCAAUUACUGCUGUUGUCUGGAUUUUUGCUGCAGUGUGCUUCUUCGUAGCACUGGGGAACCAUUCUUGGCUAUGGCUCAUCUCAAUUUUCAAUUCGAUACAGGUUUUCAUGACAGCCAUCAAAUAUAUCCCUCAGGCAGCCAUGAACUUUGCAAGGAAGAGCACAGUUGGAUGGAGCAUUGGAAAUAUUCUUCUUGAUUUGCUCGGUGGCAUUACAAACUUCGGACAAAUGGGUGUUCAGUCUAUAGAUCAGCGCUCAUUGGUAAAUUUUUAUGGCAACAUAGGGAAGAUAUUGCUUUCCUUGGAAGUAGUAGUGUUCGACCUCUUGUUCAUUAUCCAGCAUUAUGUACUAUACCCUGCCCGGAAGGAGAGAAGGGAUAUUGUAAAUGUGGAACAUGUGACACCAUUGCUCAACCCAUCGCUUACUAUUGAUGUGGCAGAAGAUGAUGCCCGAUCAACUAAUACUAAAUCAGCUAGUUCAGAUGCAUGAUAAUGAUAUUCCAUUGGUAGAUCAGAAUAUAGCCUCCUGCAUCUCUACCAUAGAUUUGUCCUACACCUGGUAUAAGAUAUCACUGAGACAUUAUGUUUCAAUGUAUGUCUAGUUUCCCUUGUCAGAGUUACUGUCCUGUGAAAGCCUAAAGUAUGUUUCACCAUUCAUGGCCAUAGUGGACGGAUGAUCCAUGCAUUUUCUCUGCAAGAAUUUAUGAUGUGUUUAGAAGACCUUUGUACUGAAACAUGGUUGGAUGUAUAAUAACUUCUGUAUUUUGCUGGUACAAGUGAGCAAUGGAUUUGAAGGUUCAGCAACUUUUACGGAAUUUGCUAAACAUAAACACA